AUUUACAGAUACAAUAAUGGGCCAGACAUUGAGUGAGCCUGUAACAACGAAGGAAACUGCGUCCUGUGCUAAUCUGUUCUAUAAAAUAGGUAGUUCAUGCAUGCAAGGAUGGAGAAUCAAUAUGGAAGAUGCUCAUAUUCAUCUGCUAGCCGUGCCAGAUGACACUCAAGCAGCUUUUUUUGCAGUUUACGAUGGUCACGGUGGUGCCAAGGUGUCACAGUACGCCGGCAUUCACCUUCAUAAACUUAUCGCCACCAAUGCACAUUAUGCAGAGGGUAAUAUUGAAGAAGCGAUAAAGCAAGGUUUUUUGGCUUUGGAUGAGAAAAUGAGAAACGACGAUGAAAUGCGCGAUGAUAUGUCGGGUACAACUGCCGUAGUCGUCCUGAUUAAAAACAAGAAAAUUUAUUGCGGUAAUGUGGGUGAUUCACGAGCUGUGGCGUGUGUCAGUGGUGCUGCAUAUCCACUAAGCUUUGACCACAAGCCAGCAAAUGAGAAUGAGGCGAGGCGAAUAGUCGCUGCUGGUGGUUGGGUUGAAUUUAACCGUGUCAAUGGUAAUUUGGCAUUAUCUCGAGCUUUGGGUGAUUUUGCGUUUAAAAAAAAUGAUCAUAAAUCCCCGGAAGAACAAAUUGUGACCGCAUGUCCCGAUGUUACGGUGUGCGAUUUGACAUAUAACCAUGAAUUUAUUAUAUUGGCUUGUGAUGGGAUUUGGGACGUCAUGUCAAACCAGGAAGUUGUAGAGUUUUGCAGAGAUAGGUUGGCUGCUGGUUGUGAACCUGAAGCAGUUUGUGAAGAACUUCUUACGAGAUGUCUAGCACCAGAUUGCCAGAUGGGAGGCCUUGGUUGUGAUAAUAUGACCGCAGUUUUGGUUUGUUUGUUACAAGAAGACACACCAGAAGCAUACAUAGCACGUUGUUCACGAAAACCUGUAGAAUCUGCAGCUGGUGAUGCAACCAGCGUGGACAGUGAAACAUAUAUUACCCCACAGCCAUCGCCUGUUGCAGUUGAACCUAAUGAGGAGUUGCUUGCGCCACAACAGGAUAGUGUCAGCAAACUGAAUAUUGCAGUAACGAGCGAGCAAGAAUUUGCUGACAACGACACGCUCUAUUCCUCAUUGGAUAAGACGAAGUCGACUGAUGAAAAUUCGGUGAGCUGAUGGUACGGCUUAUCAGAGAAGUUCAAGCCAUUUAUUUUCCGCCUCUUAAACCUCAGUCUUAUAUUGGAACUGAAUAUUAAUUAUUAUAGAUUAAAGUAAUUCCUAUUUGUAUGACGAUGUUUCCUUACAUUAAUUUACUUUUUCGUUACUCAUGUACCAAAAAACCUUUACGAAGCAUAAUUAUCAAUUACAUCUCUUAUCAACAUGUAUAAAAACGUUCUCUUGCUUACAGUAAAGGUUAUGCAAUUGAUAAUUAUGCGGGAUUACUACUUUUUGUUUUUUCUUAAUUUGCAUUUUUGAAGGAAUGAUUUAAUGCAUAGUGUUUUUUUUUUUUUGACCGAAGUCUUUCUUUCUGAAUUUACUACACGGUAAUUGGCUAUGUCACGAGAAUAGCGAAGGUGGAUCGGACCUUCUAGAGCUUCUAUAGUUCUACGAAAUUCUCACUUAGUAUCUAAUUUUCCUUGUUCGUGUGUUUGUAUUGCAUUUGUUGAUUCUUUUUGCAUUUUGUUUUUUUAAGAGUAUUUCCCAGUGAAUGACAUAAUCGCGGUGCGUUUUUAUCAUAUGAGAUUCUCGUCGUGGGUAGUCAGUUUUCUGUAAAGACAUUUGUUUUUUCCUAUGAGCAUAUCUACUUGUACUUGUUAGUAUUCUACGUCCUAUGUUAAAUGCGAAAAGCAAAAGGUUAUGAAAUAAAUUACUUAGAC